AUGACUGAAUCACGUGGACCCACAUGGUUGCCCAAGAGGGGCCGGCGGCUGACAGGCCACUCCAAGGAGGGGCGGUUCCCUGUGACGCUCCCAGCAACCUGGUACCUAGGUUUCUUGGUACCUAGCUUCCCCGGCUGGACCUCACGGUCGCAACCCCUCCUCAACCGAUUUCUUGAUACCCCGCCACAACAAACAGAAACUCGAAACAACCCAAUCAAAAUGAGUUUCACCGGCAUGCUGCACAAGCUAGGCGGCCAGCCCGAAAGCUACGAGAAAAAAUCAAAAUACAAGUUUGGCAAGACGCUCGGCGCUGGAACCUAUGGCGUCGUCCGUGAGGCUGACGGCCCUCAGGGCAAGGUCGCCAUCAAGAUCAUUCUGAAGAAGAAUGUCAAGGGCAACGAAAAGAUGGUCUAUGAUGAACUUGACAUGCUCCAGCGACUUAAGCACCCGCACAUUGUCAAAUUUGUCGAUUGGUUUGAGUCUAAGGACAAGUUCUACAUCGUCACCCAGCUGGCGACGGGCGGCGAGUUAUUCGACCGCAUUUGUGACCAGGGCAAAUUCACAGAAAAGGAUGCGUCGCAGACUAUCAAGCAGGUCCUUACCGCCGUCAACUACCUGCACAGCAACCAAGUCGUCCAUCGAGAUCUGAAACCAGAGAACCUGUUGUAUGUUACUAGGGAUCCCACUUCCGACCUGGUACUCGCCGAUUUCGGUAUCGCAAAGACGCUCGACAACAAGGAGGAGACGCUCCAGACCAUGGCCGGCUCGUUUGGCUAUGCCGCCCCCGAGGUCAUGAACAGAGAGGGCCACGGCAAGCCGGUCGACAUGUGGUCCAUGGGUGUCAUCACGUAUACGCUUCUCUGCGGCUACUCGCCGUUUCGCAGCGAGAAUCUUGCCGAUUUGCUCGAGGAGUGCACCCAAGGCUCCGUCGUCUUCCACGAGAGGUACUGGAAAGAUGUCAGCCAGGAUGCCAAGGACUUCAUCCAAUGCCUCAUUGUGCCCGACCCCGACAGACGUGCCACUAGCCAGGAAGCCCUGCGACACAUUUGGCUGAGCGGCCAAAACGCCACCGAGCACGAUUUGCUGCCCGAGCUGCGCCGCGCCAAGGAGGCCCGCGCCAAGCUCCAAAAGGUCAUUUUCGCCAUCCAGCUGCAGAAGCGCAUCGCCCGCCUCCGCCACGAGGCCGGGGGAGACGACUACGACGACGGCCUGCAGGACGCUGAGCAAAACGUCGAGACCACCGGCCUCGCCAAGGCGUUUUCCGGUGUCAGCGUCUCCAGCGGCGGCAGCGGCGGAAGCGGCAGCAGCGGCGAGACCAAGAAGCCCUCCCUCAAGGACACCGUCAGGAGCGGUGCCGUCUUUCGCGAGGUCGUCCUCGCCAAGGUGCGCGAGGAAAAGGCCAAGAAGGAGGCUGCCCUGCAGACGGAUGAGGAUCUGGUGCAGGAGGCCCGCCGCCGCAGCUUCAACACGCAACAUUCGUGA